AUGGGCGCGCACGUCGGGGCGCUGCUGCUGGCGCUGGCGGCGCUGCUGGUGCGAGCGGAGCUCGGGAGGCAGGAGUUUCAGGACCGCGACCAGCUGUUCGCAGGUUUCGAGAACUCGUCGUUGCUCACGUGUAACUGCCGGGCCCCGGGGGGCGGGGCGGGCGCGGACCACGCGGGGAGGGUCCCCAGGCCCCGGGAGGCCCCCGCCGCGCGACCCCCGACGCCCGCCGUCCCGGGAGCCCCUGCCCUUCGCGCCCGCGGGCUCGGCCGCCUGUCCGUCCGUCUGUCUGUCCAUCCAUCUGUCCGUCUGUCCGUCGCAGGGCCCUGUGGCCAACGAACUGUUUCAACGCGCGUGGUGGGUGGAAAGGACUCCCAGCUGGGGCGCUGGCCCUGGCAGGGCAGCCUGCGCCUGUGGGGCUCCCACCACUGUGGGGCGAGCCUGCUCAACCGCCGCUGGGUGCUCACGGCCGCGCACUGCUUCGACAAGUACAAUGAUCCCUUUGAGUGGUCAGUCCAGUUUGGCGAGCUGUCUUCCGCUCCAUCUAUCUGGAAUCUUCAGGCUUACUACAACCGGUACAGUGUGCAGGAGAUCUUUUUGAGCCCCAUGUACCUGGGGGCUUCAUCCUAUGACAUCGCCCUGCUAAAGCUGUCCUCCUCUGUCACCUACAAUAAGUUUGUCCAGCCCAUCUGUGUUAUGAUCUCCUCCUCCGAGUUCCAGAACCGGACUGACUGCUGGGUGACUGGCUGGGGGGACAUCCAGGAAAAUCAGGCACUGCCAUCCCCCUACGUCCUCCAGGAAGUGCAGGUCGGCAUCAUAAACACUGCCAUCUGUAACUACCUCUAUGCACAGCCGACUUUCCGCCGUGACAUCUGGGGUGACAUGGUUUGUGCUGGCAACCCCCUCGGUGGCCAGGAUGCCUGCUUUGGUGACUCAGGCGGACCCUUGGCCUGUGAGAAGAGAGGGCUGUGGAUUCAGGUUGGAAUCGUGAGCUGGGGAUCUGGCUGUGGUAGGCCCAACCGGCCUGGUGUCUACACCAACGUCAGUAGGCACUUCAAGUGGAUCAGGAUGCUCAUGGCCCGCAACAGCAUUCAGAGGCCAGCCCCCUGCCUGCAGCUGCUCCUCCCUCUGCUCUGGCUUGCCUCCCUCCUGCAGCUGGCCUGA